AUGGCUUUGCAAGCUGGUAUGGGAGUCACCAGGCUCCUCAUGAUUGUCGGCACGGGAUACACGGGGACAAUUCUGAUGAGGAACGAAACCCAAUCUUCAUCGGACGAUGUGUCUGAACAGGUUCGUCGAUUGGCGGAGGAAAUGCGUGGAUUCGCUAAUCGCCCAGUGAUCAUCAACGGGGAUUCCGGGAAUAGCGGCGGUUUAACCGCAUCAUCUGUUUUGGUCCCGGCGGCUACUUUGGGCGCUUUGGGCUAUGGAUAUAUGUGGUGGAAGGGAAUUUCAUUCUCGGAUUUCAUGUACGUCACGAAGCAUGGUAUGUCGGUUGCCGUGGAGAAUUUGACGAAGCAUUUGGAGAACGUUUCGGAUGCUCUGGCUUCGACUAAGAAGCACUUGACACACAGGAUUGAGAACUUGGAUGGGAAAUUGGACGAGCAAAUGGAGAUUUCGAAGCUGAUUAAAUCCGAUGUCGGUGAGGUCCAUGAUGAUCUGUCCCAAAUUAACUUUGAUUUGGAAGAAUUGCAGCGGGUGGUUAAUGGGUUGGAUGACAAACUUCUGUCACUGGAAGCUAAGCAGGAGCUGGCAAACGCUGGUGUUAUGUACUUGUGCAACUUUGUGAAUGGAAAGCGGGGGAAAAUACCGGAGAGACUCCAAGAUCAACUCAAAGAUGUUGGUAGUUCAGUCCCCAGUCUAAUGGGUCUUAAGGAUUUGGAUGCCCUGGAUUGUGGAAUUGUCAAGAAAAGGUUAUUAACAUAUGACUUGACGAAAUAA